AUGAUAAGAACCGGGGUCAAACCUGAUAUUUUGACUUAUAACGCAUUGUUGUUGGGACUUUGUAACGAAGGAAAAACCAAGAAAGCUGCUUAUUUGGUUAAAGAACUUGAUAAAAAGAAAUUAGUACCAAAUUCUUCAACAUUUUCUGCCCUAAUUAAAGCCCAAUGUGCUCGAAAGAACCCAUAUCGUGAUUUUCAACUUUAUAAAAGCAUGGUGAAAAGUAAUUGUCGUCCAAACGAAGAUACUGUGAAGAUGUUGAUUUUUUCAUUCUUGCAAACGGAUGAUUAUGAUGGUGCUUUUGGUGUUUUUAAAGAGAUGUUAGAGAGGCCUAUUGGGCCUGAUUUGGUUGUUUUGAGUGGGUUGUGUACAGGGUUUUCAAAAGCUUGGAAAGAUAGAUUGGUUAUGGAUCUAUUAAGCGAGGUUGAUAAUGGGUGUUUUAGUUAUGAACGUUAUGAGAAAGUUAAAAGUAUUAUUUGUGACUCUAACAAUGAAGGUAAAGAACUUGAAGAAAAAGUGUAA